AUGGUCCUGGGCAGUGCCAAGUUUGGGGAGGCAGCUCUCUUUCUGACGAUCGUCGGGGGCGCUAAUUUUGUGUUCAUCAGCUUUGUGCCAGUCAUCCUGUACUUCACCCAUGUGGAAUACUUUGGUUCUCCUGAGGACAUCCCCUGGUUAUACCUCUGUGGGGUAGCAGGCCUGCUCUUUGGUAAGCACUGACUUCUGUAGAUUAGUUUCAGUGUAGAUACUGAUGCAAAACUGCAACCAGUGUGGAUACUGAUGCAACCCCCCCCCCUUCCCGCCCACCCAAAUUAAUUUAGUUAAUAAGCUGCAUUGAAAAGUUGCCUUUUACUUGCUGACUAGUUCCUCUUUUUGACUGUGAGUAAAAUAGUUGUAGCUGCUUAGUAAAGUUUGACUUGACUUUUCUCCUCCACAGCUUUCAAUAUCCUGGUGAACUUUGGCAUAGCCAUCACUUACCCCACAUUAAUCUCUCUGGGCAUCGUCCUGAGUGUCCCUGUCAACGCCAGUAAGUCUCUGCUCCUUCUCCUCCAACUCUACUGUGUCCUUUUCUCCAGAUCUUUAUCCCAUCCAGUGAAACAACUUCAACUCAGGCCGAUUCAAUUAUAGGCGUUGCAGUUUUUAAAAACAAUGUUACUGCGUUCGCAGAGAUCCCAUUCACGGUAAAUGCUGCAUAUGUCGGCUCCAAUCGGAAAUCUACUUUAAAAGCCGCAAUGCCUAUAAUCCCGGCCUCAGAAGACUUCUCUUUCACUGGUUAACUUUAGUAUUUACAACAGUUUUGCAUGUACUGAAAAUAUUGCAUUCACAUGUAAUAAUAGCUAUCAGUGAAUUGACAGACUUAGUCUUUGUUAGUUAUAUAAUAGGGGAGAGUGGGGUAAGUUGAGCCAUUUUCUACAUUCAUCAUCACUCGGUCAAGGGAAAUAUAGUAUUAUUUCAAACAAAGAUGUCUACAUAUAUUUCAGGAUGCUGUGUAUCCCUGGAAAUAAUCAGAAUUCAUGUAAACAUUACAGUUUUGAAAACAUAGCUUGUACAAAAAAAAGUGAUCUCUUGGCACAAUUUACCCCGGGUGAAACAAGGGUGACUCAACUUCCCCCUUUGACUCAACUUCCCCCACUCUCCCCUAGUGUUGAUUCACAUUGUUGUGUUGUGUUGUGGACCUGUUUGUGUUACUGUUAUAUCAGUUCUGUCAGCGUUAUGUUAUGAAGAUCAUGGGUUAACUUUUAGGUAAUAUAACCCCUUCUUAUGUUGUGUUCCAGUGGUUGACCUGUACACGUGUGAGAUCCACUUCAACGCAGUGCGUCUUAUCGCUGUGUUUAUCAUCUGCCUGGGGUUCCUGAUGUUGCUACUUCCAGAGGACUGGGACCAGUGCUUCAUCCAGCUCCAUGCUAAGCUGCAGAGUAAACGGGAGGAACCAGCUGAGGUGGAGUCAGGGCCC